AAGGUUACCUCUCUUUCUUUGUAGCAUACUCACGUUAUCAAUCAGAUUGCUGUUGAUGAGGAAGGUGAGUUUCUCGCUACUGCUUCUGAUGAUGGCAAGGUUCACAUCACUGGGCUUUUUGUCAAGUAUAAUCUAAGUGUCGAGUAUGACACUCCAGCAAAGAGUGUUGCUAUCCACCCUCAUUUCAGUCGAAGUACUAACCGUGUGUUUGUACUGGGAAAUGACAAGCUGAUAAUGAUUGAAGAACGCCGUUGGCCACUAGGGAACAAAGUGACAGAACUUCAUGCUGGAGUAGACAGAGGGUUAAUACCCUGUAUAAAAUGGAAAGAUACUCUCAUUGCAUGGUGUAAUAGUGAAUCACAGGUUGUUAGGGUGUACGACACAGUUGCAAAGGAGCAAAUUUCCUCAAUCACAUUUGAUGAUGAUGGAAUUAAAUAUCCAACAUGCCUGUACUGGCAGAGUGCUGCAACCCUACUUGUUGGAAAGGGCCACUUUGUGAAGACUGCAACUAUAAAGGAGGUGGACCGAAAUUUCCAGAAAUUAUCUCAGUAUUCUGGAGAAGUUGAUCCAAAUAGGAAAAAGAAGAUAAUGGCUAUAGUUGGCCAGAACAUUUUCCCGAACUCCAUUGUGUGUGGUGUUGUUCCUAUAUUCGAUGAAAAUGACUGGAAGUUGGUUGUUUUGGGAUACCCUUAUAACGUUGAUCAGGACAGACAAGUGGCAGAUGGUACAGUACCACCACCACACAUGAUUGUAGUGCCACUUGCCAGAUAUGACCAAGCUCAAAAGAAAUUUGAAAAUCCUGGAACAUGCUCUAAAGAUAAACUUCUUCCAAAGGGUCACCAAUUCUGUCGCGCAGAAGAAUACCAUCUUGAGUGUGUUGGAGGUGAAGAGCGAUUUUACAUACUCACUCCUAUUGACAUUAUAUUAGCAGAGAAACGUGGUGAUUUGGACCAUAUUGAAUGGUUGCUGAAUAAAAGCCGCUACACUGAAGCUAUGAGCUUUGCUGAGAAUCCUGUUGUUUCAAAGAAUUUACCUUCUAGUGUAUUACAGGAUAUUGGGAUUCGUUUUAUAUAUCACCUUGUCAAGCGUGGAAAGUUUGCAGAAGCUGCCAAAACUAGGACAGAGACUAGAUGGGAAGCCCAUUGUGCAAGUGAUGAUGAGUAAGGAGAUGAUUUCUGGAUCAUGGGCAACUUCAUGGCUAUUUUGCCAUUUAUCCCUCAGAUGGACCCACAACUCAGUCCAGCUGUCUACGAAUUAGUCCUCAAUACAUUUUUGCAGAAGGACUCCAAAGUAAUGUGUCAUGUUGAGCCUAUUGCUCUCUAUCCACUGUUCAGCGUAGAUAGAGCCCCACUUAGUGCUAUAUACAUUAUUACAAGUAAAUUAAAAAAGAGGCAUAUAGAAGGCAAGAUAAGGAUGGGAUACAUGAGCCAUGGUUAAUGAACAAAUUUCAGCAUGCUGGCACCCUGACCCAAUCACACAAUCCCUAUGAUUGUUGCCUGGUGUGCCACUCAUAAACUCUAUUUGUACUGUUGGUCAUUCAGUAGCAUCCCAUCACACAAUCACUAUAUUGUUGCCUGUUGUGCCACUCGUAAACUCCAUUUGGACCCGUGGUUACUCCUCAUGCACUGAGCAUGACUUCACAUUGUUAUGGUAACAGUGUGUGUUACACAGUAGCAUGACAAG